UGUGCGCGUGGUUUAAAGCAAAGAAAUUCAAACAAAAUUGAAAUCAGCUGGGCUGGACACUCACUGUUUGUUCGUUCGUUCUGUUUGUUCAAAGCUCGCAAAAUUUUGCUACGUGUACGCGCCGACGACAACAGCAACAGCAGCAGCAGCAACAACAACAACACAACUAGAGCUAGCUAACUGUGUUUGUGCAUACAGUUCUCGUCUCUAUUCGUCUCUCUUUCUAUAUGUGCAUGUGUAUAUGUGUGUAUAUUGCGUGUGCUUAACUUAAAGCUGACGUCGUCUCGUCAUCAUCCUCAACGUCAACAACAAAAACAACAACAGCUAAAACUACAAUAAAGUCAACAGCAAGAGAGCAGCAACAAUUAUUGUAUUAAUCAUUGCAAAAAUUAUAAAUUAUAACAGUAAGGUAGUGAAAUAUUAUCGUAUGUGCGGUUUUUUCAUUGUUUCCUCUACAUUGCCUUCGUCGGCGUUCGUCUCUGUCUGUCAUUGUAUAUAAAUGUAUGUGUACGUAUGUUAGUUUGUGAAACGGCAUUAAGAAAUAUAAAAAUAGCAAUAGAAAGUUAUUAAAGCGUUUUUGCAAAAAUAAAAAAGGAAAAAAGCCGCCGCAGCAAAGGCAGUGAGCAAAAGCAAGCAAAAAAUACAUACAUAUUUUUUAAACACAUCAAAAACCAAAAAAGAAACAACAACAACAAAAUAAAGGAAAAGAAGCAAAGUCAAGAAAAAUAGUUAAAGCUUACGUUGCCUGCCGCUCCGACAACGCAAUCGCGCGCUCUCUCUCGCACUCUCUCUCUCUCUGCUUACGUCGCUGCCAGCGUCGCCGUCUACGUUCACGUCUCGGGGCGCACUUGAAAACGUCGCAAAAGUUUGUAAACAGCAGAAAGCUUUGUGCAGCUGUGUGCGUACGCUCUUGCGAAUUUGCGCGCGUGUGUGUGUGCAAUAGAAAAGUGAAGAAGCAGCGGCAAAAAGCAAACGCCAUCAACGUCGUCGUUGCCGCCGCCGUCAUCGUAAUCGCCAGCGUCAGCGUCGUCGCUCUCCAGCCGCAGCAGCUGUCAAAUACAAAACAAAUACGGCCAGCGUGUACCGACUGCAGCCUCACCGAGCAACACGAACUCGAGCAGCUCAUCGAACACGGGCUCCCAGAGCGGCACACUGAGCACCAGUCUGAGCAACACGACAAACACAAACACCACAAUGGGUCCCAACGGCACGGCACAGAAUCAAAAUCAACAAGGCGGCGAGCAGUUGUCAAAGACAAAUCUCUAUAUACGCGGACUGCAGCAAGGCACAACCGAUAAGGAUCUGAUCAAUAUGUGUGCACAAUACGGAACAAUAAUAUCAACCAAGGCUAUUUUAGAUAAAACAACAAACAAAUGUAAAGGUUACGGCUUCGUCGACUUCGAGCAGCCAGCCUACGCUGAGGGCGCCGUCAAGGGACUGCAGGCGAAGGGCGUGCAAGCUCAGAUGGCCAAAGUGGGUAUCUGGGUGCUUCAUAGGCCGGCCAUUCAACAGGAACAGGAUCCCACAAAUUUGUAUAUUGCAAAUUUGCCGCCACACUUCAAAGAAACCGAUCUGGAGGCAAUGCUAGCGAAAUAUGGUCAGGUUGUCUCCACCAGAAUAUUGCGUGAUCAGCAAAUGAACUCAAAGGGCGUUGGCUUUGCACGCAUGGAGAGCCGCGAGAAGUGCGAACAAAUUAUACAAAUGUUCAACGGUAACACAAUACCGGGUGCCAAAGAUCCGCUUUUGGUGAAAUUCGCCGAUGGCGGUCCCAAAAAGAAGAAUCUCUUCAAGACGCCCGAUCCGAAUGCGCGCGCGUGGCGCGAUGUCUCCGCCGAGGGCAUACCCGUUGCCUACGAUCCGACCAUGCAACAGAAUGGCGUCAGCGUCAAUGUCGGCACACCCAUUGGUGUGCCCUAUUCCCGUUUCGGGGCACCACAGGUUGGUGGCUAUCCGGUCGCUGGCUCGCAAUGGAUACCCGGCUAUAUGAUGACACAGCCGAUCACUCAGGUAGAUGAUCAGUAUUCCUCCUCUGCCCUGCAGUACAUGCAAAUGGCUGCCGCUCCCCAGUUGGGCGUCACCUCGUACAAACCGGAGGCUGUUAAUCAGGUGCAACCACGCGGCAUAUCGAUGAUGGUCAGUGGUGACACGGCUGUGCCAUACGGAACUAUGAUGCCACAGUUGGCCACCCUGCAGAUUGGCAACUCUAAUUUUUCUCCAUCGUUACAGUAUAUUAGUCCAACUUAUCCAUAUUAUGCACCACCACCAACUAUUAUACCAACAAUGCCAAUGACAGAUUCCGAACAGGCUAGCACAGCUGCAUCACCCGACGAGGCAUACACACAGUAUCCACAUCAAGCCGCUCCCAAAUAGGUCUUCGCGAGAUAUAAUAUUUUAGUACCCCAUUUGAGUACUAUUUAAUGGACGUGAUGGAGGGUUAGCCUUGGGAGCAUUACGCGCUGGAAUAACAACAAUGAAAACAACAACAUCUACAACAAAAACAAAAGCACUGGCUUGGAGGAAAAAGCAACAAAAGGAAGCAAAAGAAGAAGAAGAGGAGGAGAAGGAGAAGGAAAAGGAGAAGGCCUCAUCAGACCAGAAACAGUUUGAUAACAGUCGAAAAUGCUGUUCCCUAAAAAAAAUAAUGUUUAAAAAAUAAAGAAAAGCUAGAGAAAGA